CAGUAGGAGCGCCACACGAACAAGUGUGUGUGUGUGUGUGUCUGAAGCACCAGUGAUGUUUAUAUUGACUGGAGUCUAUGGUCUUAAGGAACAACUGAACAGUAUAUCAACUGUCCGCUAACUGGCAGAUAAACGCCGUUGAAGGAUAUUAUUUAAUCAAGAGUAGCGGUCAAGGAUGGACUGCUGAUACGUUCUACUCUGUAUAUACUGGAACCAUCAGCUUCACGAUGUCCGCUGACAGGGAGCUCAACAUGGACGCUGCUGACGACAACAAACUGGUCCGACCAAAGGCAGAGUUCCACUCUUUGCUGCAACACGCAGGAGCCGCUAAAGAUGUUUUCACCAUGAAGGAGGUGAUGUUCUACCUGGGCCAGUACAUCAUCCAGAAGCAGCUGUAUGACCAGAAGCAGCAGCACAUCGUCCACUGCUCCCAGGAUGCACUGGGGCGGGUGCUGGGAGUCGAUAGCUUCUCUGUUAAAGAGCCACGAGUUCUGUUUGCUAUGAUCACCAAGAACCUGGUGGCUGUGAAGAACCAAGAUUCCCCGCCAAGCUUGAGUGAAGCACACAGUGACAGUCCGACAGACGGAGGGACAGAGGGGGCGGAUUCAGAAAGUCGCUCUUCAUCGCCAGACAGGAGGGGAAGGCGGAGGAGGAGGAGGAGCAGCUGCAGGAGCAGUGACCCAGGGCCCUCCCACAGUCUAGAGGGGGACGAAGACGAGUCGGAGGACGAAGAGGAAGAGGGAGGGAGGAAGAGGAGAAGGUCUGACAGCUACUCCCUGACCUUUGAUGACAGUCUGUCGUGGUGCGUGAUUGGUGGACUGGAAAGUGUACGGGACCGACACAGCAGCCAAUCAUCCGACUCACACAGCACUUCUGUGAGGUCAGAGGUCACGGUCGCAGACUCGGACAGCGACAACUUCAGCGUCGAAUUUGAGGUCGAGUCCAUCGACUCCGACGACUACAACGAAGACGAUGCCUCUCUGUCUGCAGAUGACCAGGUAUACGAGGUCACCAUAUUUGAGGCAGAGGAUGAGGACUCCUUUGAUGAAGACACAGAGAUCACUGAAGCUGACUACUGGCGCUGUGUGAAGUGUGACGAGUUGAACCCACCUCUCCCCAGAAACUGUGGAAGCUGCUGGGCGCUGCGCCAGGAUUGGCUGUCGGAAGUGUCCGCCUCCUCCAGCCCAAAAGUCCUACCCCCAAAGCCAACCGACCUAUCAGCAGCCAAAGAAGCUCCAGGUUCUGAUGCCGAGGACAACGAAGGAGUCGAUGUUCCAGAUGGGAAAAGAGCGAAAACUCCUCUCCUGUCGCAGUGCCUGUCUGACUCCGCCUCCUCUGCACCCAACUCCCAGGAUCCCCUGGCGUCCUCGCAGCCUUCGUCCUCCUCCUCGCAGCAGAAGCCCUGGGCUCCUGACUCCCAGCCCUCCUCGUCCUCCUCCUCCUCCUACUCCUCCUCCAUCGAGUCCCAGGAGCUUCUACCGUCUUCCCCCACCAGUCCUCCACCUCUUCCCCCCGCGGCCCCCGAACUGGAGCGCAGCGUGUCGGCCGAGUGGCGGCUGCCGGACUCGUGCCUGGACCCCUGUCUCAUCUGUCAGUCCCGGCCGAAGAACGGCUGCAUCGUCCACGGACGAACGGGACACCUGAUGUGCUGCUACGUCUGCGCCAGGAAGCUGAAGAAGAGGAACAAGCUGUGUCCGGUCUGCAGGCUGCCCAUCCAGUCAGUCGUCCUCACCUACAUCAGCUGAGACACCCCGUCUGUCCUCACCGACAUAAGCUGUCCUCACCCUCUGUCCUCACCUACCUCAGCUGAGACACCCCGUCUGUCCUCACCGACAUAAGCUGUCCUCACCCUCUGUCCUCACCUACCUCAGCUGAGACACCCAGUCUGUCCUCACCCUCUGUCCUCACCUACCUCAGCUGAGACACCCAGUCUGUCCUUACCCUCUGUCCUCACCUACCUCAGCUGAGACACCCAGUCUGUCCUCACCAUACAGCCGCUACAUGUAGGACUCUUUGUCUCUGGUGAGACUUCAGUUCAAUAUUAAUUCCAUACACGUCACAGUAACGCCAGAGUGACUUUGGAUAAUAACCUUAUUAAGAGUUCAGUUUCAAGUUUUAGUUUCGCUUCUGUGCUUCUGUCCAUCGGCACAUGUUCAGUUAUUUCUCUCUUAGUCUCUUUAUUUUUCUUUUAAAUUAUUUUUCAUUCUGAAGUGUUGCCCAACAUCUAAAUUAUUUGUUUGCUACGUGAGCUUUAGUUCCAACGAGACAACCUGCAGGGGGACCGAAGCAGGAAAAGUCCUCUAGUGUUGCUUUAAGAUGCAUGUAUACAUAUAUAUGUAUAUAAAUACAAUAUAUAUAUAUUUAAACAGACUUUUUCUAUGAGCUCUUUCAAUAAUAAGAUGAAUGUGAGAUUAAUAUUUUCUGUUUAGGUUUUUCUGUGAACUAAAUAAAAGUUUAACUUCUUCA